GAGCGCCGCCCUCGCCCUCCGGGGCCGAGAGCCCCGCCGGCCCCGCGCCCGGUCACCAUGCUGCUCCCCCGGCUCUUCUGGCUGCCGCUGCUCGCGGGGCUGCUCCCGCAGGCGCCCGCGCAGAAGUUCUCGGCGCUCACGUUUUUGAGAGUCGACCAAGACAAGGACAAGGACUGCAGCUUGGACUGUGGGGGUCCCACCCAGAAACCCCUCUGUGCCUCGGAUGGGAGGACCUUCCUGUCUCGCUGUGAAUUUCAGCGCGCCAAGUGCAAAGACCCCCGGCUAGAGAUUGCUUACCGUGGAAACUGCAAAGACGUGUCCAGGUGCGUGGCCGAGAGGAAGUACACCCAGGAACAAGCCCGGAAGGAGCUGCAGCAGGUGUUCGUCCCCGAGUGCAGCGACGACGGCACCUACAGCCAGGUCCAGUGCCACAGCUACACGGGGUACUGCUGGUGCGUCACACCCAACGGGAGACCCAUCAGCGGCACCGCCGUGGCCCACAAGACGCCCAGGUGUCCCGGUUCCAUAAAUGAAAAGUUACCCCAACGGGAAGGCACAGGAAAGACAGAUGAUGCCUCAGCUCCAGCGUUGGAGACUCAGCCUCAAGGAGAUGAGGAAGAUGUUGCAUCACGAUACCCCACGCUUUGGACUGAACAAGUUAAAAGUCGACAGAACAAAACCAAUAAGAAUUCAGUGUCCUCGUGUGACCAGGAGCAGCAGUCGGCCCUGGAGGAGGCCAGACAGCCCAAGAACGACAACGUGGUCAUCCCCGAGUGCGCCCACGGCGGCCUCUACAAGCCGGUGCAGUGCCACCCCUCCACGGGCUACUGCUGGUGCGUCCUGGUGGACACCGGCCGCCCCAUCCCGGGCACGUCCACCAGGUACGAACAGCCGAAAUGUGACAACACGGCCAGGGCUCAUCCGACCAAAACAAGGGAUUUGUACAAGGGCCGCCAGCUCCAAGGCUGCCCUGGUGCCAAAAAGAACGAGUUUCUGACGAGUGUGCUGGACGCGCUGUCCACAGACAUGGUUCACACUGUCUCCGACCCCUCCUCCCCGGGCAGGCUCUCGGAACCUGACCCCAGCCACACGCUGGAGGAGAGAGUGGUCCACUGGUAUUUCAAACUGCUGGAUAAAAACUCCAGUGGGGACAUCGGCAAAAAGGAAAUCAAGCCCUUCAAGAGAUUCCUUCGGAAGAAGUCCAAACCCAAAAAAUGCGUGAAGAAGUUUGUUGAAUACUGUGAUGUGAAUAACGACAAGUCCAUUUCCCUGCAAGAGUUGAUGGGCUGCCUGGGCGUGACCAGAGAAGAAGGUGAAACUAACACGAGGAAACGGCACACCGGACUGCCAUGCCAGCUACAUUCUCUCAGACAUAUUGCCUUACAGCCAAAUUGCCGUUUGCCGUGUCACCUGGAAACAAUCACUACCAUUCGAUACCGAGGAAGCCACCCUUCCCGCCACGCACACACAUCCAUCGCUGAGCUCUGUGCCCCCAGAGGUAAUGCUGAAAGCACUUCUAAUAGGCAGCCAAGGAAGCAAGGAUAAACGACUGACACAUCCACGGCGGGUCCUAGACACGUGGCCGACUCCCUCACCAAAAAGCAAUUAAAAAAAA